UUUUAAAAAUUCCACUUUGCUAUGGAAUUUGGAAAGAAAUAAUGCAUCACAUGGUAAUGGUAGAAGCCGAUUGUCAAAAGUCAGAAGCUUGUUGACUCGAUCAGCUCCAAUCCAAUACCAUGAUAUUCCUUAAUGGUGUUCCUUUCCAUACCCACGACCACAUUUCUUCAUCUUCUUCCAAUGAAAAUGGUACCCUUCUUGCUUUGAUGAACCACCCUACACUAGUAUCUGCUUCAGAGUCAAUCAAGGCUAUUCCAGAGAGGAAAUUUAAAAUUCCUGAAGAGUCUUGCCCAGGAAGGUUAGAGAAAAGUAAAUGGGUCUAUUUGUUCCAAAGAGAAUAUGCAACUGCAGAUCCUGCACUGGUUGAUUUUAUUGGAACUGAUGAAGCAACAACCUGUGUUGGAUUUGCUAUAAGGAAUCGGAAAAAUGGAAUAACCUCAGUUGCUCAUAUGGAUUCUCCAAAUAUUGUCGAUAAGGGCCUCGACCAGAUGCUUUCAUCAUUUAUCGAUCGUUGUUUGGAUGAUGAUCUAGAUGUACAUAUGAUUGGUAGUUUUGAAGAUUCUUCUCCUGAUCAUGGUAGUGAUAAGUCUGGCUCAGAAAGUGAUGAAAAUUUGGAUGGACACUCUUUCUCAUUGUGUUCCAAAAUUAUUGAAACUUUGAUGAUGAAAGAGGAGAAAUUUCACUUUCAAACUCUGUGUGUCCUUGCACAUAACACCAAGAAGGAUUCCGAAGGAAAUGCAUGUCCCAUUUUUAACGGCCUUGUGAUAGAAAUGUCAACUGGAUCUGUCAUCCCGGCUAGUUUCGAUACAACCUCAAGAUGUCCUGAUGAAAUUGUCAGGAGAAUCCGUGUUACUUCAUCUUAUGAACAUCACAAAUGGGAUGGGAAGUUGUUGGAAACAUAUAAUACUCUAACCGAUAGAUUCGAAAUCGCCCCAUGUCGCUGGACUUGGCGUCAAGAAAGAAUUGCUAGGAGAUUGAGAGACCUGUCUGAUUCUGAGGUCCUCCAUUUGUGUUCUACUUCACCUUCUGCUGAGGCUCCAGAUUUUGUUGCAAACGAAAGAAGGAAGUGGGAGUACUUGAUUCAACACCCGAAUUGGAAUGAAACAUUUCCUAUGGAACAGCCUCGAGUAUUUAAGAGGACUGCUGAUGGAGAUUGGAGAAGGUGCUAAUAAUAAUCACCAUUUUUCUCUCUAUUUUCUACUCUCAUAUUCACUUUUUAUAUACUUGUAUUGUUUGGUUGUUUGACUCAGUUGAACAUGUAAUUUUUGUUGAGAAUAAGAAGAAUGUUGUUACCCAAGAUGGGUAACCUCAAACAAUCAUGUUAUGAGUGUCCUUGAUUACGAAUUUAAAGAAGAUGAUAAGUUAUGGUAUUUGAUUACGAAAA